AUGGGCUUCUUUACAAUGCUCUCUGGCGGCGUUGUGAAGGCUGUGGAGGGGAAGGGUGCGCAAGCGCACCGUGAGCGAAGGAGGAGGACAGUCUCGAGCACCCAAGCAGACGGCGAUCGCUCGCCUCCGAAAGUGGUGCUGUGCACACAGAUCCAGCGGGUGUCUGCCAUGAAUGCGCAGUGCAAGGAGGAGCCAAAGCGGUCGCGGCUCCACAGUGUCGCGGCGCCGGCGAAGCGGGGUCAACUCUCUCUCUGGAGUCGACUGCUAUGUCGGCCGGAGGUUUACGACCCGUACGUGGAGGCAGCCCCGCUGACACAUCUGCUCGAUGUGAACGAACCUCAUGUCGUGGUGGGGGAUGUAGAGCAGGCAGACGGGCAGAGUCAGGAACACGCGGCAGGGUGCACGGGUAGCGAAGGGGAUGUGCCGCAGGGGCGAUACUCCGUGCGUGCCUCCAGCGGAGAGGGGCGUUGUGCCCGCACCCCACUAUCAAAGGACGACCACGAGCACCUUGAUGAUCCUGAGGACUCCGUGAUGUCAUGCUGCAUGGUGAACACUAGCAGUGAUGUAGAGGAGUUCGAGGAUGAGGAGGUGCAGAGCGAUGUUGCAGAGUCCAACGCAGGAGAGGCUCUGCUGCAUCCGCCAGUAUUUCACGUCUUUGACACACGGCGGUGCCAGGUGCGCACGCCGACUCUGCUGUGGAGCCCGACCUUGGGCGAUAACUUCAGCGUUACAGCACCGCUUGCAGGCUGCAGCAGCGCUCCUCUAACGGAGACGACGGAAAGCGGCGCCGCAUCGUCGCGUGGGUCAGGGCCCUCCACGGAGCGGCGGCUCAUCUCACGGGAGGAGCUGACAAAGAAGCGUCUGCAGAGGCGUCAGCAACUGAAGGAGACAGCGAAGCGUAACCGCGAGUACAAAGAGGCGUGGGCGGUACUCGUUGCCUCUGCGGGGCCGCACGCAAGCAGUUGUGAGACAGACGAGACGUGCAGGCAAGCAGACGUGCACAAUGCGAAAGAAAGAGGCUCGCCGAGUACUGCCGCCGCUACUGCUGCAGCCACCCCUGCUGUGGUUUCCUCGUGUCUGACCAAUGAGGCUCUCGAGUCCUUGCGCGAAGGCACGCAGCCGCUGUCCUAUGAUCUACCCGAGACGCUCCUCGCAAGACUGGGCCACUAUACACAAUUGCCCAAGAAGGUGAAGGGCGGCGCUGAGGAGGCGGCAGCGCUUGCGGAGGACAACGACCGCUCUGUGAGUUGCUCCAGUCGCUCUAGCAACGGCAGCAGUCAGAUCGUGCUUGACGACGAGCAUGUGAGUGUGGAGACGGGACUUCCGCUCAUGUACGGCUCCAUCUUGAGAUGCCGGGACUCCGCCUCAAAGGCGAGGGACGUCAGCGGCGAAGCUGCAGCCUCUCGCACUGACCGGAAGGCGACCGCGGUGCGAGGUGGAAGCCAGCACAUUCCGGCUGGAAAGUACUUGCUUGGGUCUCGGGCCUAUGUUGAGCGUGUGCUCUUUGCGCAGCGCCGCCAGCAGGAGUGUGCGCUGUUUGCUCUCAUCACAGAGGCUCAUCGCCAGGCGCGCGAGGCCCAUCGCCGUCUUGCGCAGCUCUACUACUAUUACAUCAUCCCCAUUCUGGCUCAGUACAGCACGAAGGACGAGAUCAGAGGGUUGGAGCGGUCGGUGCUGCAGUGCGGCUCUGGUGCGCUGCGCCUGUACCACUCGGAGUUCUGCCGCACUGUAGUGUACAACCGAAGCGAGUUGCAGUCGAGCGCUUCUGGCGGUACUUCAGACUCCGUUGCCUGCUAUUUCCAAGUGCAGCCGGUCGACUACCAGCUGGCCGAGUACCGCUUCGAGAACGUGUGGCGAGAGCUGUUUACGGACGUAAAGGCAUACCUUGGCAUGCAAGCCUGCGAUGAUGACGGAUUUUCUACGUUGCCGACACUUUCGGAGCUGGAGGACGGCGCUGUUGCCUCGGGCGGCACUACUUCCGCUGUCCACGGGUCCGUGUGCGUUGCGGCGACGGUGCUCCACUCCAUGGAGUUGUUUGAGCGGCAGCGGCACACUCACAGCGCUGCGCGCGACGCGGAGGAGUGGCUGGCUUGGUACUACUAUUACUUCACUCCUCACCUGCAGCGCGCCGACUCUGCCGAGGAACGCGCGGUGAUCCAGCGGAGUUUGCUCCCCUCACCGCCAUCACCGUCAUCAACAUCGGUAGGUCAAACGGAGCCGACAUACGGCGACGGGUGCUGGCAGAUCCACGGCAAUGAUCCGGAGCCGCUGCAGCCACACCCACUGGAGAACGAAUACCUUCCGUUGCGCUGGGCGCUGGCGUGCAACACAGCACAGAGGGAAAAGGUGCUGAACUACCGCCGAGGCCUGAAACUGAGGGCGAUCGAAAAACCCAGCAAGCAGCGAUCAGUUGCCGUGGGCGACAGCGCUGCUGCUAGGGCUGUCGAUUGCAUCGGCACGUCCAGCGGAACUGAGUCCGCGCCCGCGACGACCGUCAACACUGUCAAAGCAACCCGUGAGACGGACGGCGCCAACGUGAUGACUGCAUCUUCCGAAUGCCACCUGCUGAAACACGUGCCAGAAAGUGUCGACUUGGUCGGCAGCGCGCACAAGAUGGCGGCAAGCUGUCUACUCGGAAAAGACGUGGAAACGGACGUUGAGGACGCCAGUCUACGAAAGCCGUCGGUACACCCUUUUUCAGACGGUUUGAUGCGCAGGCGGAACCAUGGCGCCGCGGAAGUAGGUGGCGUGGACUCAGAGGAUACGGAGGACGACGAUGGUGCCAUCCCUGUUGGUACGCACCACACUGUGAACGUUGGCUGCUUCGGCCUUUCCUUUUUUUCUAUCUUUGAUUAA